AUGGCCCCCCUAGCCAAUACCACGGAUAACAGCGGCUGGUUUCCCCCCGGGGCGGAGCCUAGCGAAGGCUGGCACGUUGACGCAGUAACGCUUGCUCUGCUCGCCAUCAUCGGAGACGCAAGGUCCGAGGACCUCACUCGCGCCAUGACAGCAACUCGUCUUGCUAUACUACCCCGUUUGGUCCCUGCAAUGCAGUUACUGAGCGCCGUUCGCCCCGCGCGCCUACCCAGGGCCAACGCCACCCUCGCUGCUAUCCACGGGCCAAUCCCGGACGAGGUGUUCAGGAAGAAAACCAUAGGGUACUUUGUCAACGUCCUUCAUGGCAUGGACGACAUGCAACGCCUUGGAUUCCGCGUCCUCGAAGUCAAACACAAUACACAGAAGAAGAACCAGGACCUCGAAUCCGCAAAUGUCAAGUUCGCUAGCGUUCCCCCAAGCCGCCUGGUUCGCGGCGUGCUUAUCUUCAGUUCCGCCCUUACCCUUGGUCUUUUUAUUGCUGCUAUUGCUUGGCAGAACGGUCCCGCCGCCCUGGCAGUUGCCUUCAUGGGGAUUUCAAGCUCCCUCAUGAGCCAUGCUAGCAGCUGGAGGCCAGGUUUACGCUACGGAGCCCUCAUGGCUACGGGAAGCGUUUCUCUGAUGCUCUCAAUUCUCAUGCUGGGAAACUGCAGCUGGAGAGCGCGGGUCUCCAUUGCUCUGUCAUACAUCGUGCUGAAUUUACUUUAUUGGAUUGUCAGCAUGUUGCCCCGCCGUCUAUUUUGGGACAUGAGCAGAUACAUCGUGAACGAUGUGACGCCAUCAGACGCCCUGAGCGCUCACGAAGAUACAGUACCCAACCCAACUUCUCCUGAUGAAAGAAAGAGCUCUACUCGAACGCUCUAG